AGCUAGCAAAGUAACCUAGCAGUUACCAGGUUUGUAAACCUGGAGAAGAAAUAGGGAAUACUUCGUAAGGGAGAGAGAGUAUCGACAGCAUUGAAUUGACAUAUUCAGAAGGCAUAUAAUUCUGUAUUAUUGUAUUUUGUCGGAAAAUGUUUCAAAACUUAAGCCCCGAUUACGACUCAUCUUCUCGCUGCAGUACUGCAUCUCCUGCCGGGGACACCCUCACGUACAAUCAGCGGUCUCCAGAUGAUUCGUUUUCUGGCACCUCCGCUUCACCGAUGGAGAGUACGCAGCAGGAAUGUUCUGAAAUGGAUGCAUCCGAGUCUCCCUUUGUUCCAACGGUGACUGCAAUUUCAACUACCCCUGACUUGCAGUGGAUGGUCCAGCCAACCAUGAUCACAUCCAUCGCACAAUCCCAUAAAGCACUGAGCUCCGUGCAAGCAACUCACAAAGCAGUCAGAGGCAGAGGACAGAGCACUGUCAGGAAGACAAAGAACGAGCAGCUCUCUCCAGAAGAGGAAGAGAGGAAGAAGAUCAGGAGGGAGAGGAAUAAAAUAGCUGCGGCAAAGUGUCGCAACAGAAGGAAGGAGCUCACCGACACGCUGCAAACUGAAACAGACAAGCUGGAAGAAGAAAAGGCAGCUCUGCAGGCAGACAUUGCUAGCCUCCUGAAAGAGAGAGAGAGGCUGGAGCUCAUCUUGGCUGCCCACAAGCCAGCCUGCAGAAUUGCUGAUGAUCCAGAGGGUGAAUUCAGGGAACCUUUGGGGUCCCCCCAGCUCCUCUCUGUCCUAGAGGAUGGCAAGCUCCCAGAGGGCAGCACAUUGGAAGCAACACCACUACAAGAGCUAGAUGGAUCCAGCGUCCCCCCGACCACUGCCAUCUCCGGAAACUCCAACAUCCUCUUGUGUUCUAGUGUGGCUGCAAGCGCCAGUGACCUAGAGCCUACCCUUGACCUGAAAGAAGAGCCCCUGGACAAUCUGCUUCCGAGCCUGGGGAAGGUCUCCAUGGAGACAGCACGGUCUGUUCCAGAUGUGGACUUGAGUGGGUCCUUGGGGGCCACGGAUUGGGAGACCCUCUACAAAUCUGUGUCCAAUGACCUGGAGCCUCUGAGCACUCCUGUUUUGACUUCUACCCCCUCCUGCACCAGCUACUUGUCACUGUUCUCGUUCACCUACCCUGAAUUUGACUCUUCUGGCAAUGAGGAUGAAAGCUGCAGAAGUGGAGAGGACAGAACCGAUCUGGUGAUAGAUAUUCUCAAUUCUCCCACCCUCUUGGCUUUGUAAUGUCGAUGUCAUUAAAGGUAAUCAAUUGGAUUGCACCUGGAAAUGACUUUUUAUGGGAUCUGCCAAUGAGAUCUGAUCCCACCUAAUGUGACAUUGUGUUGGUUUGAUGUGAUCAAGCCUUUGAUCUAAAUGUUGCAUUCAUGAAAUGUUUACUGUGGUCAAACCUGUAUUAACUUCUUCCAAACACUUUGGUGUAGAUAAAGCAUGGCUAUUUAUUUCCUGUACAGAUAUCUUAAGUAUACAGAUGUAUUACAAGCAUGCAAAGAGGUGGCAUAGAAUUUGAAAGUACCCUUAUAUUUUUGCUUUGAUUAAAAAACAUUUUUUAUGUUAGAUCUCAAUGUAUUGUGGUGUCCUGUUUUGUGGUUCCAUUCAAUUGUAUAUUAAUGUGAAAAAAUUGAAUAUAGUGUCCAAGAGUAAUCAUGACAUUUACUGAAUUUGCAUGGAUAGCUUUUACUGUUCUGUGAUUUACAGUCAUUUAAACUCUUUAGUUUUCCAUGAAAACAUUUUGUCUGCUACAUUAUCUGUCAAGAUAAAUUUUAUGACAUAGUUUAUUUUUCUACUUUCAAAGUUUUGACUUGUUUGUCAAAUGCAACAAAAAAUGAGCAUUAAUUGCUUACUAUCAUUAAAUAUAUUUGAAGUGA